GAAUCGAACGUCAAACGAUUUAAUACUCAGUGCACUGUAAUUUAACUGGAUCGUGGUAAUCAAAAUGGGUGAUAGAGGCGAUGGUGCGGAAGCAUUCGAUGAUGCGGUCGAGGAGCGCGUCAUCAACGAGGAGUACAAAAUAUGGAAGAAAAACACGCCGUUCUUGUACGAUUUGGUCAUGACACACGCGCUCGAAUGGCCGUCGCUUACCGCGCAGUGGUUGCCAGACGUGACCAAACCGGAGGGCAAGGACUACUCGGUACACCGGCUCAUCCUUGGCACGCACACAUCGGACGAGCAGAACCACCUGCUGAUUGCGAGCGUGCAGCUCCCGAACGAGGACGCGCAGUUCGACGCGGGUCACUUCGACAACGAGAAGGGCGAAUUUGGGGGAUUCGGCUCGGUUUCAGGUAAGAUCGAAAUCGAGAUCAAAAUCAACCACGAGGGCGAGGUGAACCGGGCCCGCUACAUGCCACAGAAUCCGUGCGUCAUCGCCACGAAGACCCCGUCGAGCGACGUCCUCGUGUUCGACUAUACGAAGCACCCGAGCAAACCAGAACCGAGCGGCGAGUGUACGCCGGACUUACGGCUGCGUGGCCAUCAGAAGGAGGGAUACGGGUUGUCGUGGAAUCCUAAUUUGAACGGGUAUCUGCUAUCGGCCAGCGAUGACCACACGAUCUGCCUGUGGGACAUCAACGCCACUCCGAAGGAGCACCGGCUCAUCGACGCGAAGAACAUCUUCACCGGGCACACGGCCGUGGUGGAGGACGUGGCAUGGCAUCUGCUGCACGAGUCGCUGUUCGGCUCGGUCGCCGACGAUCAGAAGCUGAUGAUUUGGGACACGCGGUGCAACAACACCUCGAAGCCCUCGCACACGGUUGAUGCUCACACGGCCGAGGUGAACUGUCUCAGCUUCAACCCGUACUCCGAAUUCAUCCUGGCGACUGGAUCAGCGGACAAGACGGUCGCCCUUUGGGAUCUGCGCAAUCUCAAGCUGAAGUUACACUCGUUCGAGUCGCACAAAGACGAAAUAUUCCAGGUGCAAUGGUCGCCGCAUAACGAAACAAUCCUUGCCUCGUCAGGCACCGACCGGCGGCUGCAUGUGUGGGAUCUGUCGAAGAUCGGCGAGGAACAGAGUGCGGAGGACGCCGAAGACGGCCCACCGGAGCUACUGUUCAUUCAUGGUGGCCACACGGCCAAGAUUUCCGACUUCUCCUGGAAUCCGAACGAGCCGUGGGUCAUCUGUUCGGUGUCGGAGGACAACAUCAUGCAAGUGUGGCAGAUGGCGGAGAACAUGUACAACGACGAGGAACCGGAUAUUCCAGCGAGUGAAAUUGAAGGCGGUGGUUCGUAAGAAGUGCGUUUAGUAAUUUUUUGUUCAUGAUUUUUUAACGUCUCAAUGCAUAACUAGCGUGUGAUUAAAUGGUAAUUGUUUCCGGACACCAUCGAAUGUCGUUUGUUUCGGACGAGAAUUAUGUUAUUCUUCAAUUUAAACAGCGCAGACACGCUACACGAUUACUUUCAUU